CCAUCAGGUGAAAUUCGCUGUGAACCUCCCAAUAACAACUUGGAGAAGUAUGAAGGUGUAAUGGAAUGGAGAGGUGAAAAGUUCUCUCUAAACAGUGACUUGAUGGUUCUGAGGGGGUGUGUACUCCGUAACACCAAGUGGAUGAUUGGAUUAGUCGUGUAUGCUGGCAAAGAAACAAAACAAAUGCAGAACAGUGGCCAGGCAAAAUUCAAGAGAACUAGCAUUGAAAAACUCAUGAAUAAAAUUGUUUUAUUUAUUUUUGCGUUGUUGUUUAGUCUCUGUUUGGUAUGUUCCAUAUCAUGUGGUUAUUGGGAAGCUUACACUGGUUAUUAUUUUCAAGUAUAUCUACCUUGGGAGAGUUAUACAGAUAAAGCGGUUUCAGUGGCUGCCCUCAAUUUCCUCUCAUAUAUCAUUGUACUGAAUACACUUGUGCCUAUAUCACUUUAUGUCACUGUUGAAAUGAUCAGAUUAUCCCAAAGUCUUUGGAUUAACUGGGAUAAAAGUAUGUAUGAUCAACAAAAAGACACUCCAGCCAAAGCUAGAACCACCACAUUGAAUGAAGAACUCGGACAGAUUGAGUAUAUCUUUUCAGACAAAACGGGUACUUUAACUCAGAAUAAAAUGACAUUUAACAAGUGCAGUAUUGGAGGUAGGAAGUUUGGUGAAAUGCUGAAUAAGCAGGGACGUCCCAUUGAAAUUAAUGAGCAUUCAGUUCCUGUAGAAUUCAAUCACAAUCAGUGGUAUGAUGGAAAAUUCAAAUGGUAUGAUAAGAAACUGAAUCGUCUCAUCGAUCAAGGCGAUAAACACUGCUGGGCAUUUUUCCGUUUAUUGGCUUUAUGUCAUACUGUCAUGGCAGAAUACAAUGACAAUGAUGAACUUGAGUAUCAAGCACAGUCACCAGAUGAGGCUGCUCUUGUUGGUGCUGCUCGAAAUUUUGGUUUUGUUUUCAGG